GAUCUCAGUGCAAAUGGUAAAGACUCAGUAUUCACUUUCAAUGACAACCUAUAUACACAAAUAGAUGGCGUAGCCAUGGGGUCCCCCUUAGGUCCCACCUAUGCUAAUGCCUUUCUAUGCCACCAUGAAAAAGAAUGGUUAAAUCAAUGCCCUGAGGAGUUCAAACCAAAUUUAUACCGAAGAUACGUGGAUGAUACUUUUCUUCUUUUUAAAAAUUGUUCUCAAGUUGAACGGUUUGUUUCAUAUCUUAAUACUAAACACCCUAAUCUAAAGUUCACAUAUGAAAUUGAACAGAAUUCAAAACUCCCAUUUUUAGACAUCCUCAUAACAAAAGAAAACGGCAGAUUAACAACAUCAGUCUAUAGAAAACCCACAUUUACUGGCUUAGGUAUAAACUACUCAAGUUUUUCCCCAAAGCUGUUUAAACUUAAUAGCAUUACUACAUUAAUCAACAGAGCAUACAGCAUUUGCUCUGACUAUGUUAAAUUUGACAAAGAGAUGAAAUUUUUACUUAAUUACUUCACAGAGAAUUCAUACCCCAGCAAACUGUUUUACAGAAUCCUAAGAAAAUUUCUAAAACAAGAAACUUUCACCGUCUGCACCGGUGUUAUCAGUUGCAAAAGACUCUUGUUAAAAUUACACUUCCAUACCUUGGACAUUAAGUUUUAA